GGAGGGAGCUACCGGCUUGGGUGCGGGCGCCGCCGCGGCGCUCCCUCUGCUGCCGGCGGGGGAGCCAGGCGAGAUGCGGCCAGAGACUGUUGAAGCAGAACCACUGAGCAAAAGCAGGCAUUUCAUCUUCAGUUGUCAUCAAGUUUGCGAUCAGAUUGGAAAAGUUGAACUUGAAGCUUCCUGCCUACAGUGAGGCGGAGAGAUACCUGUUGCUCACAUAAUAAAAGACAUGGGCUGCCAUGUGACUUUCCACCUUUCUUACAAAUUCCGAUUACUGUUACUUCUUACCUUAUGCCUGACAGUGGUUGGGUGGGCCACCAGCAACUACUUUGUGGCUGCUCUUCAAGAGAUUCCUAAAGCAAAGGAUUUCCUGGCUAAUUUCAACAAGCCCAUAGUUUUGGAGAAGGAGGAAACUCUGACUAAUGAACCAUCCAUGAAAAAAGCAGACCUUGACAACUGCCCGUCUGUGUCUCCAUACCUCAGAGGCCAGAACAAGCUCAUUUUCAAACCAGAUCUCACUCUGGAAGAAGUGCAGGCAGAAAACCCCAAAGUGCACAGAGGCCGGUAUCACCCCGAGGAGUGUAAGGCCUUACAGCGGGUCGCCAUCCUCAUUCCACACCGGAACCGAGAGAAACACCUGACGUACCUGCUGGAACACCUUCAUCCCUUCCUGCAGAGGCAGCAGCUGGAGUAUGGCAUCUACGUCAUCCACCAGGCUGGAAGUAAAAAGUUUAAUCGAGCCAAACUCUUGAAUGUGGGCUAUCUAGAAGCUCUCAAGAAUGAGAAUUGGGACUGCUUUAUAUUCCACGAUGUGGAUCUGGUGCCAGAGAAUGACUUGAACCUUUACAAGUGUGAGGAUCAGCCAAAGCAUCUGGUGGUUGGCAGGAACAGCACUGGGUACAGGUUGCGUUACAGCGGAUAUUUUGGGGGUGUUACUGCCCUAAGCAGAGAGCAAUUUUUCAAGGUGAAUGGAUUCUCUAACAACUACUGGGGAUGGGGAGGCGAAGACGAUGACCUCAGACUCAGGGUUGAGCUUCAGAGAAUGAAAAUAAUCCGGCCAAUGCCUCAAGUGGGUAAAUAUACAAUGAUCUUCCAUACUAGAGACCAAGGCAAUGAGGUGAAUGUAGAAAGGAUGAAGCUCUUACAUCAGGUGUCACGAGUCUGGAGAACAGAUGGGUUGACUAGUUGUGUUUAUAAAUUACUCUCUGUGGAUUACAAUCCUUUAUAUAUCAACAUCACAGUGGAUUUCUGGUCUGACCCAUGACUCUGGGUUGUCUGGUGACAUUCGGAAGAAUAUUUGAUGGCAAUAAUUUUGGCCUAGAGACUUCCCCUAGUAGCACACAUUAAGAACUUGUUGGAGCUAAUUAUUGAGCUGAGUUUUUCCUUUUUGUAUUUUCUUAGCAGAGCUCCUGGUGAUAAUGGAAUGUAAAACACUUGUAGCAAGACAGCAUUGUUAGUUGUUUGGAUCAUGAGCAUUAAAUGUUACAGAUACUUGAAGGACUAAGUAUAAAAGGACUACUCAAAAGAUAUCAUGAAGGCUACCUGAGAACUCUGAUUGAACGAGGUUUAUUUAAGUUUUGAAGUGAUACAUUAUGAGAUAAAAAAGGCCCCGGAGAAAAACGUUGGUGAAUGUCCCAGAGAAUCAGAUUUGUUCUCAUCCAAGGGAGAAAGGUACGAAGAUGUAUUUCUGUAACUCAUUUCUCCUGCGUGGUCAUCUGUGAAGAGGUGGGUCCCGGUGAGAGGAAGGCCACAGAAGUGGAGAGGAGGGUGAAGAAUCAAGAUGCGGUGAACUUGGGGGUGAAGAGGUGGCGGGAGAACAGUGUCUGAUGGAGAGGCAGCCGCGGUUGCGCGGGCUGCUGCUGCUGCUACUCUGCAAUGGGUGUCACCUGCCCAGCACGCCUUCCAGGAAUAGCCCAGCAGAGAACACAUUAUCUACGAGUUUCUUAAGCAUUUUUGUAAAAUGAUUUUGUACGUGUAGGAUACGAAUUAGCAGUUUACAAAUUACAUAUCUAAUAAUACGUCGAAAGUACCUCUGUAGUAAAAUAUGAAAAAGCU